AUGUCGGACGGGCUCUCUCCAGCCCCAUCACGUCUUGACACAGUGGCCAGCGGUAAGACCAGCGCCGCUCACGCCUCAUACGCUGAAAAGGACGAGGACGAGUACCCAACGAGUGUGUUUACGCUGCUGACCGACUGCUACAGUCCGACAUGUACGCGCGACAGACUAUGCUACAGUAUCGCGUGUCCCCGUCGCCUCGAGCAGCAGGCACGGCUCAACCUGAAGCCGCAGCCUGGUCUCAAGCGCAGUAUCUCGAAAGAGUCGCUCGGCGAGACCAAGGAGCCAGGCGCGCUUUGGGCGGAGAGCGUGUCGAAGGAAGUGCUGGAAAGCGUCUCAGAAAAUGAGCGCAAACGCCAAGAACUGAUCAACGAGGUCAUCUCAACCGAGCGCGACUUCGUCCGCGACCUCGAGUACCUGCGCGAUCAAUGGAUGAAGCCGCUGCGCACGAAGGUCAUCGUGCCUGAAGACAGGCGGGAAGAUUUCGUAACCCAAGUGUUCUGGAAUGUUUUGGAGAUCCAUGCAGUCAAUUCGAAGCUAUGCGAGCUGCUGUUAAAACGGCAGAAACAGCAGGAUGUCGUCGAAAAAGUCGGAGACAUUUUCCUCGAGAUGGUUCCGCUGUUCCAGCCAUUUGUCAAGUAUGGUGCGCACCAGCUCUACGGCAAGUACGAGUUUGAGAAGGAGAAGGCAUCAAAUUUGGCAUUUGCCAAAUUCGUGGACGAAACGGAGCGCCUACCAGAGUCACGGAAGCUAGAACUGAAUGGCUACUUGACCAAGCCAACAACGCGUCUGGCUAGAUACCCGCUUUUAAUAGAGCAAGUCACUAAGUACACAGCCGACGAUAACUCCGACAAGCAAGCACUGCCAAAGGUCAUCAAGAUCAUCAAGGAAUUCCUCACAAAGGUCAAUGCAGAGACAGGAAAAAGCGAGAACCGUUUCAACCUUGCCCAGCUGGAUCAGCAGAUCGUUUUCAAGCAGGGCGAAGCUGUUGAUUUGCGAUUGCGAGACGAGGCGCGAGAGCUCGUUUUCAAGGGUCCGCUCAAGAGGCGAGGCGGAACGCAAAGCGAAAGUGCAGAAUUGCAAGUCUUUCUCUUCGAUCAUGCUUUGUUAAUGGCCAAAGCGAAGACUGUGCAGAAGAGCGAGCUAUACAAGGUGUACCGGAAGCCGAUACCUUUGGAGCUGCUCAUUGUGACGGUCUACGAUGACGUGCCGACCGGCAAAGGCUCGACAGCGCGGCCAAAGUCCGUAAGCUCAAAGAUGAGCACUGGCAAUCGACUAGGUGGCAUGAUCGCUGCAGGAGCACCGAAGCAAGAUCCAAAGACUGGCUAUGCUCUCACUUUCACGUAUCUCGGCCGGAAAGGCUACUCAAUGACGCUGUGGGCGAGCACGUAUGUCAGCAGGCAAAAGUGGUUCCAGCACAUUGAAACCCGUCAAGAGAUUCUGCGUCAACGUAGCAACAUCUUUGACGCUAUCACCCUCUCGGAUGGCUUCUUCAGAGGCGUCAACAAGGUCAAUUGCUCGGUGCCUUUCGACUUUGGUCGCAGGAUCAUCUACGGCACUGACGAAGGCGUUUUUCUGUCGGAGCUUCGCGAGAAAGCGAGACCGCCCGUCAAGGUGCUACCGCUGCCAGGUGUGACUCAGAUGGAUGUCCUGGAGGAGUACCAGGUGCUCAUUGUCCUAGCCGACAAGACGCUACAUACGUUCACACUAGAUGCCCUCGAUCCAUCCGACCCAAUGGGCUCACUCAAGCGAGGCAGACGGAUCUCCGGGACAGUCUCGUUCUUCCGCGCGGGCAUCUGCCUCAAGCGAACGCUUGUCUGCGUCGUCAAGUCCAGCUCCCUAUCUUCCACUAUCAAGACCCUCGAGCCCAUCGAUCAGAGCAUGCGCGGAAAGAAGCGUCCGACGUUCCAGAAGUUGCUGCAGGGACCAGGCCAGGAGUCUCUCCGCGUCUUCAAGGAGUUCUACAUUCCAACCGAGUCGAGCUCCGUCCAUUUCCUCAAAACCAGACUCUGCGUUGGUUGCAACAAGGGUUUCGAGAUCAUCGAUCUCGAAACGCUCGACACGCAGGGCCUACUAGACCCCGCAGACAACAAUCUCGACUUCGUGCAGCGCAAAGAGAACGUCAAGCCCAUUGCGAUAUACCGCAUCAAUGGAGAGUUCCUUCUCUGCUACGAUGAAUUCGCCUUCUACGUCAACAAGAUUGGCUGGCGCUCGAAGGGCAACUGGAUUAUCCAUUGGGAAGGACAUCCGACAGCAUUCGCCCUCCACUACCCCUACGUGCUCGCCUUCGAGCCGUCCUUCAUCGAAGUGCGCCACGUCGAGACUGGAGCUCUUCAUCAGGUCAUCACGGGCUCCGCGCUGCGCUGCCUUUUCGCCGAUGUUCCGCCGCCAGCGCCGCCAGCACAAGCUGCAGCGAUGCAUGCGAUGAAUUCGUUCGGACGCAUGCCAAUGUACAACAACAGCAGCAACAUGGCGCUGCAGCGGGCGCACUCUCUCAACAUGCUGCCUGGAUACCAGCGCCCGCCCCCGCAGAUGAUGGGUGGUACGGGCUUCAACAGCAUGCCACCGCAGCAAGCGAUGAUGUACGGCGGCCCCCGCCCUCCUCCAGGUGCCCCACCGAUGCCAUAUGCAUUCUCGCAAGCGACACCUGUUCCACGCCCGCCACCUGCCCCGAUCAGCCCCAUGUGGGAGAGCGCGCACGCCUCGCGCAGCCACAUCGUCUUCCAGGGCGAUGGCACUGUCUUUUGCGUCAAGUUGGCUGGACCAAAAGACCCGAGUUGA